AUGUGAACUCUGGGUGUGCAUGUGCGUGUGCAUGUUUCCUGCCUGUGUAUAUAUAUACAGUGAGGAGAGGUGUCCUCCCCACAGUUGCUCUGCCAUCAUGGAUCUGAAGGUUGUGUUUGUGGUUGUCUUCCUCACUGGUUUGGCCAUCACCUCCACAGACGCUAUCCCAAAAUGUUGCAUCAGUGUCAAGGAUCACAUCCAUUGCAAUUAUCUGUGGAAACUUGACCGAUGGGAAAUACAGAAGAGCACCGGCGCCUGUGACAUCGACGCAGUGUUGGUGUUUCUGAAAAACCGGAAGAAACCAAUUUGUUUCAGUCCUAAAGUGGAGCGAUUUCUGAGAAAGAAGAGCCUGCUGUGCACAUGGAAACUCUGAGAUGUUUGUGUGUAUUAUG